GCAAGCAAGACUAACAACAAAUCAUAAACACGCCAAACAAUAACAACGCAUUGUUUCACCUGUGCGGCCCUAAUUAGUGCAUAAAUCAAUCGAUCACAAAUGCCAUUUUGAUAGGGAGCCGACGUCGUUAUUGCCGUUAACGCAAUGAGAUUAUUUAAAAAGACACCUCAAAUUCAAAUUACGACAACGACACCGACACCGCCAGCGGAAGAGAGGACCCAAAUGAGUCAAGACACGACUGUAGUGAUAACUACAACACCUCCCGAGGAGGAAACGAAGGAAUUCAUCAAAGUGGAGGAGAAACAAAGCGCGGAGCAAACGAAAAAUGGCCAGAAAGACGCUAACAUUACAAACCCCAGUGCAAUUCCACAGAAGUUGUUCUACAAACCGGGGGUCAUCGAAGAAAUGGAAGAGUAUCGAUAUCCUGCGGUGGAGGCGCCGCUUAUAUUCAAUUCGAAAUCUGCCGCGCAGCUUCCAGUCAUCACUUCUGGAAUGAAUCGCGUCUCCACGUGCAAUAGCUCUUUCACGUGCAUCAAAGAAGUUACCUAUCGAAGUCGUUAUCGUCCUGGUGCCACACGCAAGGUGCGAAGACGCGCUAUCCUGAAAAAUGGUGACUGCAACAUUCUGCAAUCGCGCAUCUCCAAACACCGCCUCCGCUUUCUGCAGGAUAUUUUCACGACGCUGGUGGACUCGCAAUGGCGCUGGACGCUGAUUGCUUUCGCGUUGAGUUUUCUACUCUCAUGGCUGGCGUUCGCCGUCAUCUGGUGGCUGAUAUCCUUCACUCAUGGUGACCUCGAACUCAACCACCUGCCGCCUGUUCAGGAAGAAAACGAGUGGAAGCCUUGCGUGAGCAACAUUUUCGACUUCACGUCUUGUUUCUUGUUCAGUAUUGAAACACAACACACCAUUGGAUAUGGAUUCAGAACGACGUCCGAGGAGUGUCCGGAAGCCAUAUUUGUUAUGUGUAUGCAGAGUAUUUGUGGUGUGAUGAUCCAGGCUUUUAUGGUGGGAAUUGUCUUUGCAAAAAUGACGCGUCCAAAGCAUCGCACGCAAACUCUGCUGUUCUCGAAGAACGCAGUCAUUUGCCAGCGCGAUGGUCACCUGUGUCUCAUGUUCCGCGUCGGCGAUAUGCGUAAGAGUCACAUCAUUGGCGCCAGCAUACGCGCCGCGCUCAUUCGCGCCAAACAAACGAAGGAAGGCGAAGUCCUCUCGAACUUUCAGACAGAGCUUGAAGUAGCCGCGGACGGGUGUGACGGUGAUCUAUUUUUCAUCUGGCCGAUGACAGUCGUGCAUCGCAUCGAUGAGAACUCGCCUUUCUUCCACCUGUCUGCCGCUGAUAUGCUCCAAGAUCGUUUCGAAAUCGUCGUGAUCCUGGAGGGUACCAUCGAAAGCACCGGUCAAUCCACGCAAGCACGCUCCAGUUACGUAUCUGCAGAAGUGCUCUGGGGCCAUCGUUUUGAACCGGUGGUCAGUUACAAUAAGGACCGCGAGGGGUACGAAGUGAAAUACUCGAAGUUCGACAAUACGCUGCAGGUGGACACGCCGCUCUGCUCCGGGGCGGAACUCGCCGAAUUCUACCGUAUACAAGAUCCUGCCGAGUCUGGGGAGUCCUUGCAGCGGCUGAACUGUGACCCACCGGCCACCGAGACGCUUGCUUAACACGUUCAUGUGCCACUCGUUAGUUUCGUCUCUUUUAGCGUUUAAAUUAAAGACAGCUUCUUCCUUCUUUCACAUCAGCGUUGUAUUGGUAUUCACUUCACGCCCAGCGGGCGGCCGACGAUGCUUCGGCAGGUCUAAGCGUCGACGAACCCCUGGGCUCUCUGGGUGACAUCAACGAAGAUGAGGAGGGCGAUGGCGAGGUUCAAGUGCAGGUCAUCCAGCUUCAACAGGAAGAGGAGCCGGAGGGCGGGGUUACAAUCGAAGAGUACAAGGAAUAAUAGUUUAAGUUACAACGAUGUAAUACACGCCUAGCGUAUUAAUAAACAAACAAAUUGUUAGGUUUGCAGAGUCACAAAA